AGGCGCUUUAGUAGGCGCAGCGCUACGUUUUGUUCAGCUUGGAAAUAUUCGCCUUCUCUCUAACUAUCUUYUCAUGGAAGUUCCGUAGGCUAAGGUAUUCAAGAUGGAUGCRUUAUUUUCCACUAGUAACGACACAUCACAUUCACCAGCUUACACAGGAUGUUUUGGCCACUUCAAUAUUAUGUCCUGUGCCAGAGAUUCAGCACUCUCAAUACUUGCUGGGAUGACAAUAAUCAUUUGUGUSUUCAAGGUGAUCAAACUACACACCCAUCAUCAUUCAUUGCCCAAUCAGUACAUCRUAUACUACAGCGGGAUCAUCAAUUGUAUCUUAUGUUCUGCAAUUGCAAGUGUUACUCAUGACAUAGUCAUGAAAAUAACUGGGCCUAGUAAUUUUUGUCAAGGAAUAUUUUUAAAUACAGAGGCUGGUUAUACAGCUAUUUACAUAACAGUUAAGAUAAUAAGAUGGUUGCUGCCAUUAUGGACUAUGGCAAUAAUAUUUGGUAUCGAAGAUAACCAUGAAGUUCCUAAUAGAGUCAGAGAGCAAGUGUAUGUCAGUCCUGCUGUGGAUGACUCUGGGAAUUUCACCUCAGCUUUCCGCCCACGUGGAACAAGCUUUAAUUAUAAACACAUCUACAACCAGCCAGACACCACAGAACGACCACUUAUCCCACCGUAUGGUGGACACACACCCACCUCUCCUGGGCUAGAAUCCUAUGGGUCAAUGGGAAGAUCACCGAAGGAGCUAAGAAGUGGACAGACUUACCCAAAGAUAUAACAAUGCAAAGGGUAUUAUAUAUUUAUUUUACAUGUAAUGGACUCYGCACAGAUGACACUGUUUAGAUGUACUGAAAUCCAAGAUAGAAAAUUUAGUCACACAUCUGAGGGAAUAGUUUAUAAGGCUAUAAAUGGCUUUAUUGAGUCCCUGUGCUAUCUAUAAGUGCUGGUGUAAUUUAUUGUUCCUGGGGAUGACAGGAAGUGCUGGAUGUAACUAUUUUGUAUCCCCUGCAAAUGGAGGGAAGUGCUGGUUUUAAGUAACCUAUAAUUUCCUUUGGGUGAGGGGAYUGGGAGGUUAAAAAGAUCUACAAAGACUAAGUUCCAUAUCAAAGGAAAUUAAACAGUCAAUGGUUUGUAAAAACGUUUUUGAAAUUAAGGUAAAUUAAAUAUUUUGUAAUAUAAACAUAUCCUGUCUUACAAUGACUCAACAUUGGCYAAUAUAUAAAAAAGGAAUCCAUUUUUUUAAUUAUUUUUUGUCAACAAAUUCUCAUUAUUAUACACAAAUAUGAAUGGUAUCAAAGGAUAUCUAUUUGUAAAAUAAUACUGUCAAGGCACAACAACAAACAUACUCUGAAAACUGGAAAGGAUGGGUCGUAAUUUUUCAGUUUUGGUUUGAGAUGCAAAAAGUCAAGUUACUGCAAUGAAAACAAUUGUCGUGAUAUAUGACAUGUUACUCUGAAGAAGGAUUAAGGAAAACAAUGUAUUAACAGUGUGAAGAUUACAUUUUAAUCUAUGCAUUACUAUAUUGAUGACACACUACAUUUGUAGUGCUUGUUCAAGAUAAAAAACUUGUAAUAAACAUAUUUAUUUAUGUACAAUGUUAAUUGUAUAGUAACUUAACAUAUGAAUGUUGUGUAAAUAUCACAAAUUUCAUUAAAUUAAUGAUGUAAACCAGGGGUAACUAGUAAUAGCUCUGUCAGUGUUUCUAUAGAAAUGUUUUAUUGUCAGUGUUAAAAAUGACUCGUUUGCACAACAUGUUCAUUAACUUGAUGUUGCGGCUCAUGAAAAAAMCUGAAAACUGAAGAUACAAAUCAGUAACAACUAGUCAUUGUCUCCUUUGUAACUGUCAUCAUAGUGACCUCACAGUCAUCUGUUUCUUUGUUCAGCUGACUAAAGAAUGAUUAAAUUAUUUGCUGUCUUUUUCAUUUUAGUGACUUUUUAAAAAAUGCAGCAUAUCCUCAUGUAAACUUAUAAUUAGUAUGCAACCUAUGUCAUUGUAUUUAAAUGUUUUUUUUUUAAUACUUCUGGGGCAGUAGGAGCCUUGCAUUGUAAAUAGGUAUAUUUUGUGUGAAAUGUAUGUUUUGGUUAUGUAACCAUACCAUAUCACUUCAGUUGUGUUUAAAAAAUCAUUUUU